AUGAGUGGAUUGUACAAAUUAUUCAGUAAAGCUCUUCGUACUGUUAUGUCAAUUCUACAGUCUACUGAGGUCACCACACUUAAAAAGGCUUUACCAUCUGAAACGAAAACUGACGAUUCAGUUUUUUGUGUGGAUGAAAGUAGUGCUAGACUGCGGCGAAAGAAGUGUGCUGUUUUAAUGAUGUAUUCUGGCUGGGGGUUUUACGGCAUGCAAAGAUGCCCAGUUUUCCCAACUAUUGAAGGUGAACUGUCAAAAGCUCUUUUUGCUUGUGGUCAGCUUAGCAAUGUGACCGGUGAAGAACAUAAAAAAGUUCACUUCCAACGUGCUUCUAAAACUGACAAAUCUGUUUCUGCCCUUGGACAAGUUUGUUCAAUUCAAUUAAAAGGAGAUGAUGAUUUGCUGAAUAAAUUAAAUACUGCUCUGCCGGAAAGUAUUCGUAUUCUUGAUAUCAUUCGAGUAACCCGUUGUUUCUCUGCCCAAGCUGAUCAAGUUGUUCAAGCUAAUAAUUUGCUUGCUAGAUAUAAAGGAACUCAUAAUUUUUAUAAUUUCACUUCUGGAAGACUUUCAACAGAUAAAAGUUGUUAUCGAUAUAUUAUGUCAGCUGAAUGUAUGCCAGUAUUUCUUCUCGGUGAUCAUGAGUAUACGCUUAUCCGUAUAACUGGUCAAUCAUUUAUGCUGCAUCAAAUACGUAAAAUGAUUGGUUUAGUGUUAGCUGUCCUUCGUGGUUAUGCUCAAGAGGAUGUAUUUGAUAUAGCAUUUCAAAAUGAAAGAGUGGAUAUACCCAAGGCUCCAGGAUUAGGUCUGAUGCUAAAUCAUGUCGAUUUCACAACUUAUAAUCAAAAGUACCAGAAUGAUGGUAUACAUGAACCUAUUGAUUGGAGUAAAUAUGAUGAACAAAGGGAUGAAUUUAAACUUCAGCACAUUUACAAACAUAUAGAUCAAGUUGAAGUGGAAGAAAAAUCGCUUGUUCAUUAUACUUUUCUAUAUCAUAAUGAUCAGUGGAUUUAUUUGGUAGUAAAGUUGUUGGACGUUGUGGUGGUUUACGUCGCAUAGCCAAUGGUAAUUCAUUAUUUUGUCUAUACCAUUUUUCUAAGCAUUUUGGUUCAUGUAUACUAAUUGACCAAGUACCAUAUUCACGUCCACAGAUAUAACAAACUGCUGUUAUUGGUUUUGUUGGUGUCUUGGAACGUGAACGUUGAUUUUGUUCCUGUUGUUGUUGUCUUUUGGCUGUAUUCUGUCUCAUUCUACAUGAUUUUAAAUGUGAUCCUAAACUGG